UUCAGACACAGGCCUCAAAUCUCUCAGGGAUUUCAGGACAGGAACGUCUCAUACGGCGCUACUCAACUCCCCGUCCUGAGGGCCGCGGUGUCUGCAGAAUCAUUAAUGACGUGGUGGUUUCGGGCACUGUGGGCAGUGGUGGCCUUCGCACACUGCACAGCUGUGGACCGCAGCAGGGAGAAAGCCGUACAGCUGAUGACGGAGACGCCUCUGAUAGAUGGACACAACGACCUGCCCUGGCAGAUGAGGAGGCAGUUCAACAACCAGCUUAUCAAAGUGGACCUGAACACCAUCCAAACCACACACACCAACAUCCCCAAAAUUAAAGCGGGCCGCCUGGCAGCACAGGUACAGUAAUUCUGGUCCGCCUACGUACCGUGCGACACGCAGGACAAGGACGCGGUCAGACAAACUCUUGAACAGAUUGACAUCGUCCGCAGGAUGUGUGACGCAUACCCAGAAUCCUUCAUGUUCGCCACCAGUAGCCAAGACAUAAUGGACGCCUUCGCCCAGAACAAAACAGCCAGCCUGAUUGGUGUAGAGGGCGGGCACUCCAUCGACAGCAGCCUGGGAAUUCUGCGGAUCAUGUACCAGCUGGGCGUACGCUACCUCACCCUCACGCAUAGCUGCAACACACCCUGGGCUGAUAACUGGAGAGUCGACACAGGAUCAGAAGCACCGGUGCAUAACGGACUGUCUGCAUUUGGCAGACAAGUGAUAAGAGAGAUGAAUCGCCUGGGGAUGCUGAUCGACUUGGCGCACGUGUCCGAGGAGGUGAUGAAUCAGGUGCUGGACCUGUCCGAGGCCCCGGUCAUCUUCAGCCACUCCUCUGCGUACUCUAUAUGCCAACACAAGAGGAAUGUUCCAGAUGCUGUCCUUAAGAGACUGAGAGACAAGGCAGGGAUCGUCAUGGUGAACUUCUACAAUGACUAUGUCACGUGCAGCAAAAAGGCCAAUCUCUCGCAAGUGGCAGAUCACUUUGACCACAUCAAGAUGGUAGCUGACUAUACAGUCAUCGGCUUUGGCUCCGAUUUUGAUGGAGUAAGUAGAUUGCCCCAGGGCCUGGAGGAUGUCUCCAAGUUCCCUGACCUGGUGGCGGAGCUGUUGAGGCGGGGCUGGAACGACACGGAGGUGAAAGGGGCUCUGGGGGAGAACGCGCUGAGGGUCUUCAGGGAGGUGGAGAGGGUGCGGGAGAGCCAGAGGAAUUACUUCCCCGAUGAGGUGCCCAUUCCCUAUGAGCAGCUGGAGAAGACCUGCAGGACCAGCCACGGCUACGCGAUGUCGGGCAGCUCCGGAAACUCCGCAUCCCAGAGUCCGGUUGUUCUGGCUCUAGCCACACUGUUGUCGUGGUUUUUCUGGGCCCCGUCCUAUUCCUGCUGACAAUAAAUAUCCUACUACUCUCGUC